UGGACUAUUUGAAUGUCGCGGCCGAAUGCGCGUGAUUGCUGUGCGGCGGCGACGGACGAAGAAGAAGAGAAGGACCGGUGUCUGGGCGGAGACGGCAGCCAUGCGAUCUGCCUGAGCUGCCUGGGCUGGCCUUCCGAACGAGCCGAGCAGUCAUCUACCCAAGGCCGGUGUUCCUGGGUGUGCUGGCAGAACAGGCCGGGCUGUCCUUGGUCUUCAACCGGCCUGCUCCACUGCUGGGCGAGCAUCCGACACCGGCAUGUUCCGGUGCAGCUAAGCUUUCCGAACGGUCUACCCUGUGGCGGGCCGACGUCCCGACCCUGCUGUCGCGCGAGUGGCUCGUCGUGUGCCGGGCACCCGCCCCGGCCUCCAGCACCUGCGCCACUCGCCGCUCGAGAUUCAUCUCUGCGCCUCUUCGUGCCGUGAGUGUGUGAGACCGACGCGCUAUCGGACGCCUUCCUACAUUGACGCUGAGCGCGACGAUACUUACGCGACAGACAUUUAUGAAAGGAACUCUGUGUGUGUUAUCGUGUACGUUAUCCUAGUCCCGUCCCCGUGUCAUCAAAGCCUCUCUGUGUUCAUUGUGCCAUGCCUGUGUGCUUGAGGCCUGGGCCCACAUCCUCCUAUCACAAAUUUUGGCGAGCCUGCCAGGAUAUUCAAACGCACAGGAGGAGCGAUGGAGAUCGAGAGGUUGUACGCCAUAGGGAAAGAGCUAGGAAUGACAGGAGCGGAGUUAAAGCGUUGGAUUGAUACAGAAAUCGUGAGGGAACGCGACCAGCGCGCCCAACAUCGGGAAGACGCGAAAGCGCAGGCGCUAGAGGCCGAAGCGCAGGCAGAACAAGAGCGUCUACGACUAGAAGCGGAAGAACGAGUGCUAAAGCUCAAGAUCGAGCUCCAGGAAAAGACUACUGGCGUACAAAGCGCACAGAGAGACAGCACUACGGAACAGUCGGUUACCAGGGCGGCUCCUGAGCUAUUCAGUCCUCAUAAGUUGAUCCCGCCCUUUAACGAAGCCCGGGAUGAUUUAGACGCUUACUUGCAACGUUUUGAGCGAGUGGCAACAAGUCAGGAAUGGCCCCGUGCAAAAUGGGCGCUCUCCCUCAGCCUCUGCCUGACAGGAGAAGCGUUGACGGUCAUAGGACGGCUUGAUUCUAAUGCAGGCCUAGACUACGACCAGCUGAAGGCUACUCUCCUUCAGCGCUUUCGGUGCACUGCUGAGGGAUACCGAGAAAAGUUUCGAAACGCAAGGCCCGAAGACAAUGAGACUGGCCUACAAUAUGCAGGUAGAAUAUCGGGCUACUUUGACCACUGGCUUGAAAUGUCCCAUAUUGAGAGGACCUUCGACUCCCUCAGGGACGCCAUGAUUGCUGAACAGUUCUUGAGGAGAUGUUCUGCGUCACUGCGAGUGUUCCUGAAAGAAGGGAACUGUAAGACCCUCGCUAUGUUGUCAAAGAAUGCCGAUUGUUUUAUAGAGGCACAAAACCUGACCAAUCUAGGUAGAGAAAAGUUAUCCAAGGAGGUCGUGUUAGACUCUGCUCGCAAGACUGAACCUCCAACAGUGAUGCCACGUGCAACUAAUCGGUGCUUCCUUUGUGAUAAAGCGGGACAUCGAGGUUCGGAGUGCUGGUCCCGGACUAAAGAGGACUCUACAGGUCGCGGAUGGUCCGGCAGAAAGGGACAAGGCGGUGAAACCUCAAGAAGGAAAAAGCAAGGACAAGCUUCGUGUAUUCUGGCUCCAUCGCAAGCCGAAAAGCCGACAGAAGAGAGUGGCGGAUACGUAGUGCUUCAAGGUGGCGAAACGGUCCCAAUAGUCAACAUGACGUUAAUGCGACAAGGUCCCAGAUGUGACAGUGGAAAUCUGCCAGUGAGAAGAGGCUUUCUCGAAUCACAACCGGUGUCUGUCUUACGAGACACUGGCUGCAAUACCGUGGUCGUGCGACUCUCUAUGGUACCUGAGGACAAAAUGACAGGAACAAAAAGUCCAGUGCUCUUGCUAGACCGUACAAUCCACUACUUACCGGAAGCCAUAGUAUACUUAGACAGUCCGUUCUUUACCGACGUCGCACGAGUUAAAUGUAUGCAAGAUCCCCUGUAUGAUGUGGUACUGGGAAACAUUGAAGGUGCCCGUGCACCUGAUGACCCGACCAAUUCAUGGUCACCGCUGAAACAUAACAGCGACAAGACGAGUUACCCUGCCAACAGGAUGUCAUCUACCGCUCAAGCGGAGCUACCAGACGUAGAGGGCCAAACGUUGUCCACAGCAGUUAAAAACGCAGCCGGAUCCUCGAGACAUAAAGAAGACUAUGAAUUUGGUACCGAGCUCGUUGCUGUGACAAAGGAAACGAAGAUACGGUCCCUGCCUACUCUGCCUGUUCCGCAAGCCGCAGUCGUUGGAAUAGAGCAAGAGAAAUUAAAAGCUUUACAGAGGGACGAUGGGUCUCUGAGGAGAUGUUUCGAAAAGGUCGGCAAGAGGAUGACCGCGGAUGGCCGCGUAAGCGAAUAUUACUUAAAGGAUGACAUUUUAUACAGGAAGCACACAGUGCCAGGUGGAAAAAUACUCGAUCAACUAGUGGUGCCAAAAGACCUCAGGGAGAUGGUGAUGAAGUUGGCUCAUGAAGGGAUCCUCGCCGGUCACCGGGGUGUGAGGAGAACGGUGGAUCGAAUUGUUGCUGAAUUUUACUGGCCAAGGGUCCAGUCGGAGACGAAACGGUUUGUUAAAUCGUGCGACGUCUGUCAACGAAAGGUGCCGCGCCAUUUAGUCGGACGCGCCCCACUGAGUACAGAUGAUGAGACAGGUCUAGAGCUUGGAGAGACAACACCGCUUUACCCAUCACUCGUCGUAACGAAGACAUCAAAGGACAUCGCCAUUUCCAACCAACUAACUAUGGAUCAGCGACUCAAAGCUGAAGUCGAGAAGUCUCGGAGCAGUUCUCUUGCAAGAACCCGACGGGCGUUUGCAACCCCUGUCCUACGAUAGCCGCAAGCUUCUGCCGCGUGAAGCUGUCUACUCCACAAUUGAGAGGGAGUACCUCGCCAUAGUGUGGGCUCUACAUAAAUUUCAUGUGUACCUUUACGGUAAACUGUUCAUCGUGCGGUCCGACCACCAACAGGUGCCAUACUUCAAUUCGGCGACGCACGUGAACAGGCGCGUGCCACGUUGGAGUUUACUCCUCAUGGAUUAUGACUUUCAUGUGGAGUAUAUUCGUGGAUGUGAUAACGUUGGUGCAGACUAUCUAAGUAGAAUAGCUACGGACACGGACUAAUCUGUCAUGAGAGUAAUAAUUUGAACUGUGUCACUUGUGAUACUCCGUAGUGCUACCCUCCUCGACUUCUUGAACUUGGGGGGAAAUGUGAUAGGAGUUUGGACUAUUUGAAUGUCGCGGCCGAAUGCGCGUGAUUGCUGUGCGGCGGCGACGGACGAAGAAGAAGAGAAGAGCCGGUGUCUGGGCGGAGACGGCAGCCAUGCGAUCUGCCUGAGCUGCCUGGGCUGGCCUUCCGAACGAGCCGAGCAGUCAUCUACCCAAGGCCGGUGUUCCUGGGUGUGCUGGCAGAACAGGCCGGGCUGUCCUUGGUCUUCAACCGGCCUGCUCCACUGCUGGGCGAGCAUCCGACACCGGCAUGUUCCGGUGCAGCUAAGCCUUCCGAACGGUCUACCCUGUGGCGGGCCGACGUCCCGACCCUGCUGUCGCGCGAGUGGCUCGUCGUGUGCCGGGCACCCGCCCCGGCCUCCAGCACCUGCGCCACUCGCCGCUCGAGAUUCAUCUCUGCGCCUCUUCGUGCCGUGAGUGUGUGAGACCGACGCGCUAUCGGACGCCUUCCUACAUUGAAGCUGAGCGCGACGAUACUUACGCGACAGACAUUUAUGAAAGGAACUCUGUGUGUGUUAUCGUGUACGUUAUCCUAGUCCCGUCCCCGUGUCAUUAAAGCCUCUCUGUGUUCAUUGUGCCAUCCCUGUGUGCUUGAGGCCUGGGCCCACAUCCUCCUA